AUGUCUCCCUAUCGGUUGGUGUUCGGAAAAGCAUGUCAUUUGCCUGUAGAAUUGGAACAUGGAGCUUACUGGGCCAUAAAAAAGCUCAAUCUUGACUUUCAAGCUGCUGGUGCAAAAAGGCUCCUUCAACUAAAUAAAUUGGAGGAAUUUCGCCUUAAUGCUUAUGAAAGUGCAAGGCUCUAUAAGAAACGGACCAAGAAGUAUCAUGAUCAGAAAAUUAUCCCUAAGGUCUUUAAAGCGGGGCAAAAGGUGUUACUUCAUAAUUCAAAAUUGAGAUUAUUUCCAGACAAACUCAAAUCACGCUGGUCAGGGCCAUUCACUGUGGUACAAGCUGCUAACCAUGGUGCGGUGGAGCUGGAAAAUGAAAAGGGUGAAAGAUUUCAUGCAAAUGGCCAUCAUUUAAAGCAUUAUUGGGGUAGAAAGGUGGAUCGUCAAAAUCUUCUCCCUGUAAUAGGCGCCGCGGCCCCUGCAUUAAUCCGCCGCGGUGCCUUCGUCCAUGGUUUUCAGACCGUCUUGGUAAAAACUGCCGCAAUGUUUGGGCAUAGAUGCCGCAGCGCGAUUACUUUAACCAGCGUCUGCAGUUUUGUAAAAGGCGCCGCGGCGCCUUGGUGA